AUGAACUCUUCAUUAAGCUUGGAAGAGAUUGAUGAAGGACCCCAGAAUGUUUCUCAGGAGGCAGGGCAAAAUAACUCAAGUGGCGUAUCAGAAUUUAGCACUUAUCAAGGCAGUAAUUUUGCUAGGAUUUCUUUAAUCAUUGGGAAGUCAGAGCUUGAACAAAUGUUAAAACAGAUGACCUUUACAAGGUCUGAAACCCUGUACUUGAUAGCAUUGUUGCAUUCAAGAACCAUCGAGGCGUCACCUUCUGAUAAAUUCCUUGCUGCUAGUAAAAUUUCAAGAAUUGCUUCACCUACUGAGCUUGCGGAUGCCAACAAAGCAUUGAGACAAGAUUCAAAGUUUAUUAACAAAAAUGCACCAAUGAUGGUUUCACCACAGCAACCAACAACUAUUGAAAACCUCCCAAACGAGCUUUUAUCAAACAUAUUCAUUCGCUUAUUGGCCAAACAGCUUGCUCAAAUGAGAUGCGUCUCUAAAUCUUGGAAUUCCCUAUUAUCUAAAUCCUCCUUUGUAAAAACCCAACUCCAUCAUUCCAUCUAUAACAAAGAUAAAACUCUCUUUCACUUCUCUGAUGACCAUUAUUAUGGCUUCAAACUCUCGGUUAACCCCAAUCCCCAACUCAUUAGUUUCAUCAAACUUCCACCUAACCCUGAAUCUCCACAUACAACCAUCAGAGUUAUUGAUUCUGUCAACGGCUUAAUAUGCUCUUCUUACAGUGAUACGGUCAUUCAGAUUUGGAACCCUUCUCUCUCUGCCAUCUUAACCCUUCCGCCAUAUUUCAUGCCCCUGCAGUGCUUAUGA